AUGGACACGGCAUCAUAUUAUCCGCCUGUGUACAAUAGCACCACCAUGGUGGAUGUUACGGAUUGGAACAUCUUCUACACUUCUGGUGAUAUAUCAUGGGUUAUCACAUCGACAGCCCUAGUUUUGCUUAUGAUUCCUGGAGUUGGAUUCUUCUACUCCGGUCUAGCUCGUCGAAAGUCGGCACUCUCAUUGAUAUGGCUCUCGAUUAUGUCGGUCGGUGUGGUAUCAUUCCAGUGGUUCUUCUGGGGUUAUUCGCUCGCUUUCUCCCACACAGCCGGCAGCUACAUUGGCAACCUCGAUAACUUCGGAUUUAAGGGUGUUCUCGGUGCGCCAUCUGUGGGAAGUACCAAGGUUCCCGAUCUGCUGUUCGCUAUCUUCCAGGGCAUGUUCGCCGCUAUUACUGUUGCCCUCGCUGUCGGUGCAGUUGCUGAGCGUGGCCGCAUGCUUCCAUGCAUCGUCUUCAUGUUCAUCUGGACCACUAUCAUCUACGAUCCCAUCGCCUGUUGGACAUGGAACUCGUCCGGCUGGGUUUUCAAACUCGGAGGUCUCGACUUUGCCGGUGGUACCCCAGUCCACAUUGCCUCUGGAUCUGCUGCUCUCGCUUACUCCCUGAUGCUGGGUAAGCGUCGCGGCCACGGCACCCACGAGCUUAACUACCGCCCUCACAAUGUAACCCACGUUGUCAUUGGCACCGUCUUCCUAUGGGUUGGCUGGUUCGGAUUCAACGCUGGCUCUGCCCUGGCAGCCAAUCUCCGUGCCGUUAUGGCCGCCGUUGUCACCAACAUUGCUGCCUCCGUUGGAGGUGUGACCUGGUGUUUGAUGGAUUACAGACUUGAGCGCAAGUGGUCAACCGUUGGCUUCUGCUCAGGUGUUAUUGCCGGCCUUGUUGCCAUUACCCCCGGCUCUGGAUUUGUCGCUCCCUGGGCCGCUUUCAUCUUUGGGCUCGUAGGUGCUAUUGCAUGCAACUAUGCUACUAAGCUCAAGUUCCUUAUUGGUGUUGAUGAUGCGCUCGACAUCUUUGCUGUCCACGGUAUCGGUGGUAUUGUUGGAAAUCUCCUGACUGGUCUCUUCGCUUCUAAAUCCAUUGUGGCACUUGACGGUGCCUCUAGUAUCGAUGGUGGCUGGAUCCACCAGAACUAUAUCCAGCUGGGAUACCAGCUUGCCGACUCCGUCACUGGAAUGGCUUACGCCUUCGUCGGAACAUGCAUCAUCCUCUUCAUUAUGAACCUCAUUCCCGGUCUCAGCUUGCGCGCACCCGAGGAAGAUGAGAUCAUGGGUAUUGACGACGCCGAAAUUGGCGAGUUUGCCUAUGAUUACGUUGAGGUCACUCGUGACAUUGUCAACGGCGUGGAAAGCUCAGAGACUGCCUCUAAGCGCACUGCCACUCCCGUCGGCGAUGUUAUUGAGACCAAGGCUUAG